AUCAUUUUGAGUUAGACAAGUGAAAAAGUAAAGAGACUACAAGUAAACAACACAACAACAAAAUCAUAUAAGCAAUAGACGUGGAAAACAACAAAGUAAAAGAUUCAUCUCUCUCUUUGUUCUUUCCAGUAAUUUCAUUUCCCCUUUUUCAUUUGAAAGAGAAAAUAUGGAAUAUGAACUAGCUAGCCAGCGUGUAGUAGUAGUAGGUGUAAAUAGUAGUAGUAGUAGUAAAAAUUAAGUAAUUUCCUUUACUGGCUAUUAAUAGGUACUUAAUAAAUAUUCUUUUCAAUUCACUCACACACUCACCCUCCUGUUGUUGUUGUUGGUGUCACAGUGAUUUGGACGUGAAAGCGCCCAUCUUUUCAUGUCUAUUGACAUUGAUAGUUGAUAUGUCACUUGGCUUGUUCAUGUCCUCUUUGACCCUUAAUUACUACUACUAGUACUAGUACUACUCACCCCCCCCUACCCCCACACCCAACACCUCUUUUUUCUUUUAAAUCUUUUUUUCUUUCAUCACCAUUUUGAGUUGAAAUUUUAGUCCUUCAACUUUGAGAAGAGGAAAAUAAAAAUGGGAUCUUUAGGUGGUGAAGUAUCAGUAUCAGUAUCAGUAUCAGCACAGAAGAAGAAGCCAAUGUGGUUAUAUCCAAAGGUGAUGGGUGUUCAUCCUUCUGAAAGAUGGGGUCAUUCUUCUUGUUACUCUAAUGGCUUUGUAUAUGUUUUUGGGGGAUGUCGCGGAGGUUUACAUUUUAGUGAUGUACUUGUACUAAAUCUUGAGGCAAUGGCUUGGAGCAUUCUUGUGACAACAGGGAAAGGACCGGGGCCAAGAGAUAGCCACAGUGCUGUUCUUGUUGGCCACAGGAUGGUAGUAUUUGGGGGUACAAAUGGCUCAAGGAAAGUCAAUGAUAUUCAUGUGUUGGAUGUCAGGGGCCAAGAAUGGACUCAACUCGAAUGUCAAGGCAGUCCACCUUCGCCGCGUGAAAGUCACACGGCUACUCUUGUUGGUGGUGAUAAAUUAGUGAUCUUUGGUGGUAGCGGUGAAGGCGAGGCAAACUAUUUGAAUGAUUUACAUGUUUUGGACCUCAAAACUAUGAGGUGGUCAUCUCCUGAAGUGAGGGGUGAACUGCCUGUUCCGAGGGAUAGUCACAGCGCUGUUGCAAUUGGUAAUAGGCUCUAUAUAUAUGGUGGAGAUUGUGGUGACCGAUAUCAAGGUGACAUUGAUGUGCUUGAUAUGGAUACACUAAUGUGGUCAAAGCUGGAUGUUCUUGGACCGUCGCCUGGUGCUCGAGCUGGUCAUGCCUCUGUGAAUUUUGGGUCAAAGGUAUAUGUGAUUGGCGGAGUUGGAGACAAGAAAUACUACAAUGAUAUUUGGGUUCUUGAUGUGAUAAAGUCUUCAUGGACUCCGCUUGAUGUAAUGGGCCAAAAACCACAGGGGCGGUUUUCUCAUACUGCUGCUGUCCGGAACACGGAUAUUGUAAUCUAUGGAGGUUGUGGUGAGGAUGAGCGGCCGCUCAAUGAGUUACUUAUCUUGCAGUUUGGAGUAGAAUAUCUUAAUGGGACUAACAGCUUGUCUGGGGGCAGAGCUUCUGGAAAUACAGGUCAUUAUGAUAAGAAAAGAUUUCUGAGAGAAAGAGACAAUAGCUCGGAAGCUAUAUGUCGGGGAAAGAAGGAAGAUGUGGGAUCUCAAGAACUUGACUUCGUAUCAAAAGCAGCUUUUCGCUUUAGUUCUGACACAUUGCAUCCAAAGAGAAGAAGAAUGAGCCACAAUUCACACAUAUUUAAUCUGGAGUCAGAUCAAGAAGAUCAAUCUCCUUCCCAAUCUCAACGUUGUUCUCCUCCGUCCCAAUCUGAUGUAGAAAUGAGUACUCUUAAGCCAGUCUCUGGUUCUGGAACUGCAUCAGAUCGGUUUCCUUUAGCAAGACAGCAACAUUUGACCCCUAACAAUUGCCAACCAAACCCAAGGAAUGUCAUUACAAGGAAUCCUCAUGAUUUGCAAUUAUUUCGAGAACAACGAAAUCCGUCAAACUCAUCAGGACAUGUAUCUGCCGUUCUUUUGGAUAAGCAGGAAGUGCAAUGUCAAUCCAUGGAGGCUGGACGAUUCCACAACUUGAUUGGGGCUGAUAUCCGGGGAAAAGUCGAUGGAGCAUUUGAUUCUGGUUAUCUAAUGACAGCCAUUGUCAAUGGAAAGGUUUUUCGAGGUGUUCUGUUUGCUCCGGCACCGGAUCUAGUACCACGAGGACCUGUCCUUGGUCAGAAUCCUGCACCCCCUCCGGGACAGAUUGGUGUCAACUAUGCAAACACACACGUAAAUCAUGUAUCUCUCGGUUGCCAAAGGCAACCUCAACAAUUGGUGCAAAUGCAAAUUCCAGAACUCGGACGACAGAGCUUAGGGAAAGUACCAAUUAGAAGAUCAACAUCAUCAUCAGUCAUGAGGUCGUCUCAUCAACUAGAGAAGGAUCCACAGAAAAGAAGUGAACUUGAAGGAGUGGUUCUCACACUAGGAGGUCCAGGAUGUGGCAAUGCAAAAACAUGAGAUGACUUGAAAAUAAUGAUGGUCGAAAAUUAGGAAACUCUCCAUCCUUUGGUCUCAUGAGUGUGUUUUCUGUACAUGCAAGGUAGAUAUAUUGGAUUCAUUUUCUAUGCUCAAGUCUUUUUAUUAGCUUUAGUCUAGUACCUCCUCGUCACUAAAUCAGACAUGUAUCCUCUCUGUAAUUUGAAGCAAAGUUUUGCAAGGUGAAUAUUUCCUUUUACUAAGGGUAUGCAUUUGAAAAUACAAAAAUAUUUCAUAUA